UGGCAAUCUGAGAAACACAUCCUCAUCCUCCGUUUCCACGCUCUCGACCCCCCCGGUCAGCAAGGAUUAUUGAGUCUCUGGAUUACUGAAGUGUCCGCUUUGGCUGCGGGAGAAAGGGCACACUAUUACUUGAACUUUGGACCGCAGCAUGGGAUGCUCUGGGAACCAACAGCGUGGUGGAUGACCUCCAGCAUGCGGCUGUCACAGCUGGACCUCACGCUCGUGGCCAUCCGCCGUUUGUAACUAAGGGUAAUGACCAGGCAUAGAACCAACCCUGGAGAUGCCGAAGAGAAGAGAUAUUCUUGCCAUCGUGUUGAUUGUGUUACCAUGGACCCUCCUCAUCACUGUGUGGCACCAAAGUGCAAUUGCCCCCCUGCUGGCCAUCCGAAAGGUCUGUCACCAUCUAGUAAAAGAGAUCUUAAUCAUACCAGAGCGUCUAACCAUCCACCGGCAACGGCUAGCAGAUGAUGGGACGGAGACUAGGCACGAGACGGGCCCAGCCACGGACUCAAAGGAAUACUGCUCACAGGACAAGGACAUAGUGGAGGUGGUCCGUACAGAAUACGUCUACACAAGACCUCCGCCCUGGUCUGACGUGUUGCCCACCAUCCACGUCAUCACUCCGACAUACAGCCGUCCUGUGCAGAAGGCCGAGCUUACACGAUUGGCUAACACCUUCCUUCACGUUCCCAACCUGCACUGGAUUCUGGUGGAGGACUCUCAGAGGCGAACUCCUCUAGUCACGAGGCUUCUGAGGGAAACGGGGCUGAACUACACACACCUCAAUGUGGAGACCCCACGGAACUACAAGCUGCGAGGGGACACAAGAGAUCCCAGGAUUCCACGUGGCACCAUGCAGAGGAACCUGGCUCUGAGAUGGCUACGGGAGACCUUCAACUCCAACAGCAGCCAGACAGGAAUCGUCUACUUUGCAGAUGACGAUAAUACAUACAGCUUGGAGCUGUUUGAGGAGAUGCGAUCAACUCGUAAAGUAUCAGUGUGGCCUGUAGCGUUUGUUGGAGGUCUACGAUACGAGUCUCCAAAGGUCAAUGCAGCAGGAAAAGUGUACGGGUGGAAAACAGUAUUCGACCCUCACCGGCCCUUUGCCAUUGACAUGGCAGGGUUUGCCAUCAACCUACGGCUCAUUCUGUUUAAGCCUCAGGCCUACUUCAAGUUACGAGGGGUGAAGGGAGGCUACCAGGAGAGCAGCCUGCUCAGAGAGCUGGUCACUCUCAAUGACCUGGAACCCAAAGCGGCCAACUGCACUAAGAUUCUUGUGUGGCACACACGGACGGAAAAACCUGUACUGGUGAACGAAGGCAAGAAGGGCUUUACAGACCCAAACGUGGAGAUCUGACAUCUGCUUCAGUGUUGGGAUGCUUCCAGCAGGACCCAAAAGGAGAUGGCAGGGAGAUAUUACCUACUACCAUAUUUUUGAACAGUUUGGAUGCUUUUUCCUGUAAACCACAACUAAACAAGCUCAACAAUAUGGACCUAUUAUUCUAAAGCACAGAUUAGUCUUUUUUUAAGGCAAUAUCAUCAGUAUUUUGCAAGAACAAAACCAGAGGGCACUAGACAGAAAGAAAAUUGUGAUGUAUAUCGAUGAGAGAACAUCUGAGAACUGAUAAAACUGCUCACUUCCACGAUUUUAUAAACUCUGCAUUAAGAAGAGACACAAAAAAAAAAAUGGUUGCAACAGUCUCAAAGGCUGACCAAGAGCGAACGGUCAUCCAUUUACGAACGUCGAUGUUCCUUCAUGUCUAACGGACUGAUACUUAAACAUAAAGAAGGGAAUGUCUUCUUUUUUAUUUACAUAAUGUGUAUUUUAAGUUUCUGUUUUUGUCGUUUACAUUACUGUCUUGCUAGCAAAGCACUACUGAUAUUUUGCCUCAGUUCAAAUUCAGCGUCACUUUGCGGUAUUAAACCAGUUCCAUCAUAUACCAGGGCUAGCUGCUAUACUGGAUUUAGAGAUUACAAAGUUGUAACACGGUUCUUAUGACUAAGACCUAAAUGAUAUGAAUAGCACUUGAAUUUGUUCCUGUGUGUCCAUUGUUCCUGUUAGGACAUGCGUUGUAAAUAUAACUUAAAGAUGAACAAUCAGAGACUUUAAAAUAAAGUGAUCUAGCAUUCAACAGAACAAGAAAUGUAACUACUGUAUUUGUACUUCAGUUUAAAGUAAGAAUCCAUAGUUUACUAUUACAACAUCCAUAAAACUUCACACAUGUUCACAGUGGUCUUACCAAAGGAGACGGAGCUGAUGGGUUGGGUUUCACAAUGUUAGUAUUCAGUAUUAAUUGGGCUAGCCUCCGAGAGCAGCACAGAUCUCGCCUCAGUAAAUAUUCAGAUGUAGUUAUAUGUCAAACCGUAGCUUUGGGCUUUGCAGAAGGGAUCUGUCAUGAAGACAUGUUGCUGUACUAAUGAAGCUAAUACUGAGACACCUGGGAAUCUAGAGCGAACAAAAUGUCUGCUCGCCAAAAGCAAAGCUAUUUUCUUAUAUCAAAAGCUGUAAGCAUGUGAAUAUUCAAGGCACAUCACUGACAUUGCAUGUGCACAAACCCUGUACUAAUAUUACCAAAAAUCUGGCCUGAUUAGCAUUAGACUAAAUUUGUGUAUCUCUUUAAGCCGCCUUUUCACUGCUUACGUCAAAUUAUCGACCCAAAUUCAUUCGCAAUGGUCCGAUCCUUUGUGAAAUCCAGUGUCAUGAAAAAUUAGGGUCUCCAUUAAGACCGCAAGCGGUAGCAUUGUUUCAAAGACUCUUUAGCACCGGAUUACAAUUGCUACAAAGACAUGUUAUAUGUCAUUUGAAGUAUGUUAUAAUGGCCAUUGAUGUCUGCUUUCGUUAGCCUACAUACUAGCAUAGCAAACAUAUUAAUUUUAUCACAUUUUUAUGAAAUUAUUACUUCAACCAGAUUUGUAUUGUUACACUGUAAAAAGUGAUAAGUUGUCUUAACUUAAAAAAAUGGAGGAAACCCGUUGCCUUAAAAUUAUUAA